UUCAAUGGAACGCGCAUUUGACGGUCAUGACUCGUGCUUAGAGCGUGCGCAACUUUUUUGACAGGUGCUUUACACUCUACACUUUUACAAAGGCCAGUGGCGGAUAGCUAUCUGUGCUAACAAAAUGGGAAAAGGUACCGUGCCUGCGUCUGUGCCACCUCCGCAACAGAAUUGCCCGUCAGAAAAUUUUCAGAUGAACUCGGCUGCUGGGAAUCGAACCUGUGCCAGAGAGUUGAUGUUUGGUCGAGCUCCGCUGUCAGUAUCGAGCAAGGUACACGACACUGCCAAAUCAUUCGAAGUAAGACAGAAGCGUGGCGCAAAAAGCAAUGAUGAGUGCAACCUGAAACGGAAAAACAGCGAGAUAGAAGAUGUCGAUGUUUUAAAUGGCUUACCAGAUAGGCCAUCAAAGGUAAUGAAGAUUGUUGCUAAUGCCGUGCAAAUUGGGGACAGCUGCGCUUCAAAUAAAGCUUCAAACCGUCAAUCAUGUGACAAAAGUGGAAAGCUUGUGUUCUUGAAUUCUGUCCAGGCAGCAAAAUAUUGCAAUGUUACAAAUGGUUCUCAGGAAAAGAAUAGCGAAGACAGUUCAGGUGUUGUAAACUUCCAUAAUAACACGUGUCUACAAGCAGACUGGUCUUUGCCUUGUUUCAAAACAGUAGAAAACCAUGUUCUGGAGAACACUAUAAUUGUUGACAAGGAACCAAACAGGAUAGAAGAGAAUGACCGGUGUUGCAAGUCAAGGAACAGCAGCAAUGGUGAAAGUGAACAGACAAAUCUGAGAUUAAAUGGAUGUGAAAGUGUUACAAGCCCUACUCUUGAGAACCCAGUGGUUUCAGGCUGGAAAAUACAGUCAUCUGAUGUGAAGGAAAGGAUUCAAAAUUCCUCUCCGACAGUCGUGUCCUCAGCUCAGCAACAGUUAAACAUACUCCAGUCCCUUCAACUGCAGAGCAGUGGAGAAAUAAUGGUGAUGCAACCGAAUGAAACCAGUACCCAAUUGGUUCUUGUGCCACAGCCAUAUUUUCAGUCACAAAUGAGAAUAGGCCUUCAAACAUCACCAGUAAAUGUAACUAACAAUGGAAAGCCUGUUGGAGUUUCAUCACAUUGUGGACUCAAUCAUGGGAUUGUGCUGAACAGUCUACAAAGACAGUCUGAUAAUAGUGGUAUACAGCUUAACAGCAGUGGGGAAGAAGUGGAACAGUCUAGUGAUGCAAGGGACAGUGUGAGCCCCCACAGAGCACCUUAUCCAUCUCUACUUCAAGAGCAGGUAGAAAGGGCUAAACAGAGUUUGGAAAUUACCUCACCGUAUUACAGUCGACAAGAUGACAGUGACCCAAGCAGGCAACAACAUAAUCACAAGGAACGCAUACGAAGGGCUCGAAUACGAGAUGCAUGUCACUUGAUGAGGCAAUUGGUACCAGGAAUGUCAGAUAAGACGGAUAAAGCAACUGUAUUUGAAUUUGCUGCACGAUAUGUCCAUUUUCUAAGAACAUUUGUUGGAGAUCAGUAUGAUAAGGACUUCUUAAUAAAGUACAGCCCAUACUGAUGUUGCAAAUGAUUGACAACAAACAGAUGAAACAAAAGGGAUUUUGUGUGACAAAGAGAUGAAGGUCUUUUAACUGUUCCAUUUUGGACAUACUGCAGUUUACAGAAGAAAUCUGGUCAUUUUAUUUCACAAAUCAGUCAGAAGUUUGAAUAAUUGGUGCAUGUUCAUGUGUCAGGAAUUCAGGAAAUAGAAAUUUUUCCUUACUAGUACUUGAUUAAAGCGGUUGUCCUUGUCCCCAAUUAAAGAGUGCGUUUUGAUGUGACACAGUUUGCGUGACAUCUAGGUUAGCAAAGGCUCACUUGGCAUUGCUUUACAUACAACAAAUUCAUACCUGACUGACAUGAUAAAUGUACAUAAGCCAGGUUGUUCAGAACUGUUUUUCAGAUUUUGUGCCAAAUUUUUAGUCAAGGCAUGUUUUCUGUUUUGUACUUAAUAGCUUAAAAAAAAAUUGCAUUAGCUGCCUAGUUUGGCUAAAAUUUUAAGUGUGAGAUAUGACUUAAUAUUGGUAUUAGCUAAUACACUUUUGAACAACUGGACCCUGGUUAGCAUUUAAGCCAGGCCAUGGGCUCAGACGAACUUUAACUGACUGUUCCCUCAAACAGUCUCCCUCAUGUCGCAGGAAUAAUAAACAAGCCAAGAAAUUGAGUGAAUGAUAUACUAUAUACAUUUGACCACACAAAUGUUGUUGACCACUUAUUGUCACCAAGGCCUCAUGAGUACUUUUAUUUAUAAAUAAAUAUAUACUGGAUGUCCAAGGCCAAGUUUGAACCUGCCCUUGUGUGUCCUAGCAAUGGAAAGGCAAUCUCCUCUAACCACAAGACCAUGGCCCCAUCCCAAUCUGACAAUGAUACAGGAACAGUAUGACUAACUGCAAGUCCAAACUGCAGGCCACCAUUCCUAGUUCAGUCCACUUACAGAACUUGUACGAAAUAAGGGCUUUUACAAUCUUGUUUUAAUAAUGUGACAGACUAUUCAUUUAACAUAAGAAAAGUAUUUAUUUGAAUUGAUAAAUACAAUGAUUGAUGGGAUUGUCAGAAGAAACAUGUGCUUUGUUUUCAAGGCAUGCUCAAUGUAUGGUGGUUGACAUAAAAAAAAAUGGAAAUGGUUUUAGAUUCUGAUAAAAAUA